AUGGCGUCCUGGGAAACAGGCAAGUUUUUUAUCUUUCUUAUGCUAUUUUUUCCCUCUUCUCUUCGUGUUUCAAGCACCCCUUUAGACCCCGAAUCAUGUUCAGUAGAACCCAAGCUGGACCACGAUUCAUUGCGGGAACCUUUUCGUGAACCGUCCCAAAUCACUAAUCAGCAAGUUAUGUUGGAUAGACUUGAGGAAUUAGUGAGAAAUCUCACUGAUUUAGUUGCAAGAUUAGAAUCAAAGCUACCUGACCACCCUACUAAAGAAAAGGGUAGGUUUCCUCAGAGAAAGGGCGGUGAUUACAGUGAUGGUGACGUUGGUGUAAUAUCAAGUAGUAAAGGAGUUGAAUAUGGGGAGUUUGAGGGAAAAAUUCGAGAUGGGGAGAGAGCUAAGGGAAUGUCUGUAACAAAGUACACACCUUUUUGGUCUGAGAGGUUCCAGUUUGCAUCUGCUGUGAAGUUGGAUUCUGAGGUCACUUGUAUGAAUGUGUUGACUUUUAGGGAUCACGAGGGGCUAAGUAAGUAUGUGGCUGUUAGUGAUGAGAGGGGAAGAGUAUAUGUGUUCUUGAGGAAUGGAGAUGCAGUAGUUGAGUUUGACACCUUGGUGAAGUCCUCUAUUACUGCAAUGAUUUCGUAUACUUCUGUUUAUAAGAAUGAGAGUUUUGUAGUAACUGGUCAUCAAAAUGGGGAAAUUUUGUUGCACAAAGUUUGGGAGGGAGGGUCCAGUGGAGAGGAUUAUAGUUCUCUUUUCAUGGAGAAUGUUUGUAGGUUUGUGUCACCUGAAAACUCUUCACCAGUGACUCUCUUGGAAGUUCAUUAUGUUGGGAGGAUCAAGUACAUUCUGUCAGCUGAUAAAAUUGGGAAAAUCAGGGUUUUUACGGAAGACGGUUCCUUGUAUGGUUCUGCCAUGGCUUCUAGUAGGCCAUUGGUUUUCUUAAAGCAAAGGCUUAUGUUCUUGACUGAAACUGGGGCAGGUUCAUUGGAUUUCAGGGGUAUGAAAAUCAGGGAAUCUGAGUGUGAAGGGUUGAACCAUUCUGUUGCUAGAACUUAUGUUUUUGAUGUCAUCGAACGUUCCAAAGCGUAUGGUUUUACCUCGGAUGGGGACAUGAUUUAUGUCUUGUUGCAUGGAGAUGUGAUGAACUUCAAAUGCAGGGUUAGAUACAAGAAAAAAUUUGAUAUGGAACAGCCUCUUGUUCUGCAGACAAUCAAGGGUUAUUUGCUGAUUGUUAAUCCGGAGAAGGUUUUCGUGUAUAAUGUUUCAUCUCCACAUUAUGUGAGAGUUGGCGUGCCUCGUCUUGUUUUCUCCUCGAGUCUUGAUGAGCUUAGAUCAUCAUUCUUGAAUAAUCCAAUCCCAGGUGUGGAUGCCGAAACAAGAUUAAUACCUUUGAUAGGCACUGACCGUGAAAAACUUGUUGUUGUUGGGCUUGGAGGUGGGUAUGUUGGAAUGUAUCAUUCUAAUCUACCUAUCUUCAAAGGGGAGUUCAACACCAUGCUAUGGACUAGUCCCGUGUUGUUCUUUGUAAUUUUCUUGUUUGGUGCUUGGCACUUUUUCGCCAAGAAGAAGGAAGCGCUUACAUCAUGGGGACCAGACGAUCCUUUCACUUCCACUUCAGCUACCACCGGUGCCCCAUUAGCAUCUGGUUCAGCAGACAGAUCUUUUGGAGACUCUUCUUCAAGAAGCACUGAAGUUAUGGAUCUUAGAGGUGGAGCUCUCAGAGCUCCACCGAGAAGGUACGGCUCUCCUUCAAGGUAUCCUAGCGCUGCCGCUGCUGCUGCAAGUUCCUAUAGACUUGGUGCUUCCACAGAUCACAAUGCCAGACCAGCAUCAGUUGAUCCAGAUUUUCGUGGAGCCUCUGAGCUAAAAUAUAGGGCCACCACCAUGGAACCUCCCGGUUUUCCCAAGAGAAGAGAUGGCAUGUUUGUAGCAAAUCAAGUUGUAAAUGAUCGCAGUUGA